AUGGGGAAGAUUGUGGCAGAGAAAGAAAGAACCAAAUUUGGCGUGCACGUGUUGGUCGUUCUGUUUGGGAUUACGUCAUGGUCCAUCAUGAACGGCCUGUGGGUGGAGCUGCCGAUCCUUGUGGCCGAUCUACCCGAGGGCUGGACCCUGCCCUCCUACCUGACCAUCAUCUCACAGUGCGGCAACCUUGGCCCGAUCCUGUUCAGUCUGCUGGUGUACCUGGUGCCACACCGGAAGUUCGAGACGCCCACGUCACUUCUGGUCAACCUGGCACUGACUCUGUGUGCGGCACUCUACGCCCUCUUCUGGAACCGGACAGCCGUUGUUGCCGGCAGUGACCACAGACCCAAGGAAGAGGGCUUUACCUGUACAGCUUUGAACCAGCAGUGUCGCAGGAGUUUGAUUUCGGAGUUUUCUCACCUUCAUGGAUUGCUGCCCCCAGUUGACGAGCCUCAUCUGCCCCAGCCCUUGUAA